GACUGUCCUAACUGCCUUCAUCCACCACUUUCCUCUGUCCUAGAGUGUGGGCUAACACCGGAGAGAUGAAGUCAUCCAACAGCCGCUCCUCCAGAGUGGCUAAAAACCCUUUCGUCCACGAGCUGAAAUUCACCAUGAGAGAGAAAAUACAGAUCGGCCUGAUGUCUGUGACGGUGUUCCCUCUACGUCUGCUGCUGGUGUCCUUCCUCAUGCUGCUGGCAUGGCCCUUUGCCUUCACAGCCUCUCUGGGACGCUCUGAAUACGCCGUUGAACCACAGUCAUGGUGGAGGAGGUUUAUAGAUGUGAGUCUACGAGUCAUUAUGCGAGCCAUGUGGUUUUGUGGCGGUUUUCAUUGGAUUAAGGUUAAAGGCCAACAGGCGAAGCCCUCUGAGGCUCCUAUUCUCACUGUGGCGCCACACUCCUCCUACUUUGAUGCCAUCCCAGUCACCAUGACCAUGUGCUCCAUCGUCGCUAAACUGGAGAGCAGGAGCAUUCCUGUCUGGGGGACUCUGAUAAGCUACAUUAGGCCAGUAUUUGUGUUUCGAUCUGACCAGCACUCAAGGAGGAAAACUGUAGAGGAAAUAAAGCGGCGGGCCCGGUCUGAAGGGGAGUGGCCUCAGAUCGUGAUAUUCCCAGAGGGAACUUGCACCAACCGGUCAGGCCUCAUCUUAUUCAAAGCUGGUGCUUUCAUACCAGGACUCCCAGUGCAGCCUGUGGUGCUACGAUACCCAAACAAACUGGGGAAAGCCAUCCAAACCUACCUGACCCUGUGUGAAAAGUCAUUGCACCCUAAACCUAAAAACUGGUUGUACAACCCUUGGUGGCAACAACUGCAGGACACUGUUACAUGGACAUGGCAGGGCCCUGGAGCGUUUAAGAUCCUAUGGCUCACUCUGUGCCAACUUCAUAACCCCAUGGAGAUAGAGUACUUACCUAUUUACAAGCCAUCAGCUGAGGAGAGGGAGAACUCUGCCCUGUUUGCCAACAAUGUCAGGAAACUCAUGGCCAAGGCACUGGAGCUGCCACUCACAGACCUGUCCUUCGAUGAUCGAGACAUCAGCCUCUCUCACGGCCCCCUGCAAAUAUACGACUACAGCAGCCUGCUCGAGUUCAACCAGCUGGUGUGCCGCUUGGGACUGAAAUCAGGAGCCACUUACAAACCAAUGGAAGAGAAGGUCAGAAAAGCUAGAAAGCUGCAGGGAGUUAGGCUGGGCCUAGAGGACUUUGCCCAGUUCCUCAACCUGCCAGUUACAGACACUCUGACACAAGUCCACAGCCUCUUUGACAAGGGUGGAGACGGACUGAUAGACAUCAGACACUACAUUAUUGCUCUGUCUACUGUUUAUCGACCAUCAAAGUCAAUGGAGACCCUCAAAUUAGCCUUUGAGCUGUAUGAGAACGACGAGAGUGGAGAGGUCCUAGAAGAGGAUCUAGCCUCCAUUUUUGAAAUCAUGCUGGGAGUUGAAGAGGUGGAGCUUUCUGGUUUCUUUCUCUCACUUAAUGGACCUGACGUGGGGAGGAUAACAUUUGAUGAACUUCAUAACUUCAUAGAGCAGCAUCCGUACUUCGUCCAGCAUUACCUUGAUUUCAAAAACCAUCCCCGUAAAUUCUGCGUAGGCCGGCCUAAAGACUCCAACGGCCAGAACCACAACAAAGAUGUCUGAGGGACAGUAACUCUCUCAGACCCACAGAUUCUCCCGUGGACGUUCGCCAUCACCGCUGUGCCUUCAAGUGCAGGUAGAGAAAGAGAACUAGAGACAGAGGAAGAACAUUUAGGGACCAGGAAGGAUUAGAGUAGCACCAAUGACGAAGAAACAAAAACAUUUCACUCAGUUUUCUUCUGAACUUUUUCUACCUCCUUUUCCACAUCAUGUUUUCUGCCCUUCAAAUAUAUUUAUACUUAGUUUUUCAACUAUCUAGACAUUAUUUAAGAGAAUAUCUAUUUAAGGCAUUUUUAAUGAACUUGUAUUGAAGGUCAGCAGUGUUGGUCACGUAGAUGAACACCAUACAUAUACUGCUGCUCUGUAUUUAAAUAUUCAGACAAACUUACAUCAGGCUCAGGAUAUUUAUGAUACUCUGACAUUAUCUAACCAAACCAGAGCUGGUUAAAUCUCAGCACACCUCAGUAUCCAAAGACGUUCUUUAUUCAUGAAGCAGCUGCUCCACUGCCAUAAUAACCAGAGAGCUCUUGACUAGUUCAUGACCAGUUUUAUUUAAAAUGUUGAGCAAAGACCAGUCAAAUCUUUUUCUAAUGUCAUUUUAUAGCAGCCCCCCUCUUAAAUGUGCUUACUGUGAUGCUGGUAAUGUUUUACUGUCCUAUGCCUUCAGGGAAAGUCUGUUUUUGGAAUACUUUAGUUUAUAGAAAUGUGUUUUUUUCUUUUACAUAAAAAUGAGUUGGAGGAUUGCUGUGCUUCUGGAGCGAAUCCUUCCUAGAUAGAUAUUUUUAUAAAUGUUCAGGUUGAUAAGUCUGUGAAUUUUUCCCGUGGGUUUUAUUAAUGAUCUUGGAUGGUUUCUGCUGAGCUGACAUGUUUUGUACCUUAUGGGUGUUUAUGGCUCCUGUAAUGAUUCAUUUUUAAAUGCAGAAUUAAAGAUCCUCGCUUUUAUUUCAUGAAUAACCUUCUGUUGGUUUUCUGUUUUUAUCA